AUGGAUUGUUUGGCUACAGCGUCUGUUCUUUCUAAUUGGUUUACUCCAUUUUCUAUCAUCAAUACUAAUUCUGCAAUUAACUCCAAAUUCAGAGCCGGUUUCCAUAGAAUUUACGGAUGCACAGAAGAAAAGUUAUGUCUCGCUUUCUCCAGGGAUGAUUAUACGGUUGCAAGGAAUGUUGCAAUCAAAUCAAGCAGAGAAAUACCUUAUUUGAAAACCCAACAAGAACAUGGAACUUGGGAAGAUUCUGAUAGUGAAGACGAGAGCCUUGGAUUUGAAAGUGAUGGGGAAGAGACACAGACUUCACAAACUGCCGGUGUUAAUAUCACUGCACAGGACGAGUAUGAGCGUAUUAAGAAAGAGGUUGAACAGCUUUUGGAACCUGAAGAAAGAAAAAUAUUGCAACAAAAUAUAACUCCUGACUUGGAAAAAAUAUCGUCUGAAAAAUGGAACCCACUGCACUCUCUUGCGUUAUCACUGCAAAUUUAUAGCAUGGACCGGCUUCUUGAAAAUGGUUACGAUAUUGAUUUCCUCAAUAAGGAAGGUCUCACUGCACUUCAUAAGGCAAUUAUAGGUAAAAAUGAAGCGGUUAUAAGCCAUCUUUUACGGAAAGGUGCAAGUCCUCAUGUCAAGGAUAAGGAUGGAGCUACUCCACUUCACUAUGCAGUUCAAGUUGGUGCAAAGCAAACUGUGAAAUUAUUGAUUAAAUACAACGUUGAUGUCAACGUUGCAGAUAACCAAGGUUGGACCCCGUUGCAUGUUGCCAUUCAAAGCCGGAAUAGAGAUAUAGCGAAAAUUUUGUUGGUCAAUGGUGCAGAUAGAAUGAUGAAAAAUAAGGAUGGAAAAACAGCAUUGGAUCUAAGUUUAUGUUACGGAAAAGACUUCAUGUCUUAUGACCUUGCUAGAUUACUGAAGGUAGUACCAGCCAACUAA